CUGCUGCUGACUUUCUUGGAGUCGGCAGAGCAGCAGAAGAUGCUGUUAUUUACUGGGCCUGGUGGUGCGCUGUAUGCUACUGACCAGCUGUUAUCAGUCACAUGGAAAACAAAAGUUUUCUGCUUGCUGAAGAAAUCACCUAAGAAGAUUUUAGCACGUGAUUUUGUAAAUGAAAUUGUCAUAAGUGAAGUAUCAUCCUUGGUUCUUGAACAAGUCUCAGCUCUCACAAGUGAGGUGAUACUUGCAUUUCUUUCCAAUCCACUGGUAUACAAAGAUUGGCCAAAGGAUUACCUACGAGAAAUAAAAAGCCAUAUAGAGAAGUUAAAAUAUAAAAUACUAAACUUGCAAGGGCUCAUAUCUGGAAGAACAUUCUUAACACUGCCCACAUAUCCUGAGGUCGACAACAUCAGCAUUACAAGUCGCAGGGAGAGGAUUUCUCUGCACUACGUAGAGACAAUGAUAAUCCAGUGGACUCACCAGAUAUCAGAUAUACUUAACAGAGACUCCGCUCAGAAAAUGUUACAGGGUGAACAUCCUGGGCCAUCUGCUGAGCUGGAAUUUUGGACAAUGCAGAAAGAGAAUUUGCUCAGUGUUCGUUGUCAGCUGCAGACUUCAGAAUUCCAACAAGUGAUUGAUAAACUGAAUAUGAUGAAAAGCAGCUAUUACACUGGUUUCAUGGAAUUGAUUACUAGUGUGGAUGAAGCACUUUCCGAAGCUCAAGAAAUCGAAUUGUAUCUACGGCCUUUGAAGUAUUAUAUUGCACAUCUAGAGGAAUCUAACUUCCCAGACAUAGAAGACUUCUUCAGGCCUCUUCUUCACACCAUCUUUCUUAUAUGGACCAAUUCUCAACACUACUGUUACCCUCAGCGUAUCAUUGUUCUCUUGCAAGAGUUUUGUAAUCUUCUCAUUGAUCGGACUGAGAACUUCCUUAUUCCUGAAGAGAUCUUUAAAAUGGAGUUAGAAGAAGGCUUGGAAAGAGUCCAAAUGGCCAUUGAAAUGUUCAAAUGCUUCAAGAAAACAUAUGCAUUGUAUAUGGAGAAGGUGGCCGUCUGUUUUGCAAUCUCUGACAGAAUAAAAUUAUGGGAUUUCCCAUCCAACCUUGUUUUUUUCCGAUUUGAUAGUGUCCUGCAACGACUACAAUAUAUUGAGGAAUUGUUUGUAGCAGCAAAUGAUUUUCUGAAACUGGAGAAAAUAGAAAUUGGAGGAUUCAGAGGUAAAAUUCUUAGUGAAGAAGUUCAUAUCAUGAGUGAGGAAUCCAAUGAAAUUUGGCGAAUGUUGCAGGAGAGUAAAUACAACCCUCUUGAUUAUGCAAAUCCAGGUUUUCUGAGUGACUACAUGAAAUAUCGGAAACAAAUAAACGGCUUUGACCACCAUUUGAGCAGAAUUUUAAACUUGACUUUUGAUGAAUCUAAUGGCCUUGAAUCCGCAUUUAAGGUUUUGCAGAUAUUUGGUGCCUUACUAGAGCGACCUAUAAUAAAUUCUCUCUUUUGCCCAAGUUAUGCAAAACUGCUUACAAUGUUUGAAAUGGAAAUCAAUAAUUGCAAGAAAAUAUAUCUCAGCCAAAAGGAAAAUAGAGAAAAUGGAAAUAAUGUGCUUCAUAAAAACAUGCCUCAUAUCUCUGGGAAUAUAAAAUGGUCUCACGAAUUAAGAGAGAGAUUAAUGAAACACCGAUCAUCAUUCAAACACAUUAAUCAUGAGGCUCUUCAAAAUGAAGAAGCGACAAGAAUUUUUAAAAAAUACGAUAGAUUCAUGCAACUCUUGGAUGUUCAUGAAGAGGAAACAUUCAACAAUUGGUCUGAAAGUCUGUGUGAUCUGUGCGAAUCCCAUUUGGGUCAACCAAUACUAAAUCGUGGGGAGGAUGGACUGUAUGAAACUAAUUUUAACCCAUUGCUCGCAGCUGUUCUCCGAGAAGUGAGAUAUCUCCAGUUCCUGAAAAUAUCAAACAUCCCAGAGAUGGCCAAAGAUUUGUACCUGAAAAGAAAGGGGCUCCAAAAGCACACCGGGAACCUGGACCUCAUUUCCCAGUGCUUCAAUAGAGUUCAAAAGACAAUCUUAGAUGUGGAAAAGGAUCUUGUACGCGAUGAGCUCGGGCAGAUUUAUGAAAAGCUAGAACCAGCACUUACCCUUUUAACAUGGUAUUCACCAGAUUUGGAUGAUUACAUAGAAGAAGCAAAAGAACUUGUGCAUAAUUUGGACUUCCGGAUUAUAAAAGCGAAACAGAAUGUAGAAAUGAUGCAGAGCUUAAUGAAUAAGCUGAGUGAAAAUUAUUUCAUAGCAAAUAAAAACAGAAGGAACAAUUUCAUACAAGGCUAUGGAGACAAAGAGAAAAUGGCAAAACAUUACAUUAUUGCUGAGGAUAUAGGACAGAAAAUUCAAGGACUUUUAAAGAACAAUCAGCAGCUGUUUCAAGCAGAUCUGGACUCUGAUAAAUGGAAGACAUACACCGAGUACAUAGACCGCAUGAUUUUAGAAGGAUUGCAGCAGGCGGUAAAGUGUUCUCUCCAGUACUUAGUUGAUAACACUGAACCAUCAUUUAAAAAUCUGCCCUUGUUUAAAGUGGAACUUUUCCUUAAUGAAAGUGAGAUGAGCUUUGCACCUUCCUUUGAUCCUCACAUCAAUGGCAAUUUUCAUAAAAUAAUAGAAGGCUUAGUCAUGGACACUUUUCGAAUUGCAUCUUUUAUACCUCGUGUUGCUUCGCAUCUUGAGAAAACCACUUAUGAGCUCGAUGUUGAUGAGAUGGAGGAGUUGAAAGAAAUGCAUGGAGAAAUUAUGAGAAGGGUGCACUCGACCAUUGUUAAUGUGAAAGAGUAUCAGAGACACUUUAAAAAGUACAGCUAUUUGUGGACGGAUGAUAAAACUGAAUUCAUGAAGCAGUUCCUCCAGUACGGCCGCUUCCUUAGCACCGAGGAGAUGGAAUUGUAUGCAGAUUAUGAACUGCAGGAAUGUUCCCCGCAUUUAGAACACUUCAAGAAACAGAUCAAUAUCUAUGAGUCACUUUAUGAUGAAAUUGCGGAGUUUGAAGAUGAAAAGAUUUUUAAUGGGUGGCUCCUCUUAGAUAUGAAGCCUUUUAAAAUCUCCUUGAUGAAUGCUGUGAAGAGGUGGAGUUGGAUGUUUAAAGACCACUUAUUAAAUGAUGUUACAUGCAGUGUUAAUGAACUUGAUGAAUUUAUUACUCAUACUGAGAAAGGAUUGUCCAAAAAAGUGAAGGGACAGGACUAUGAUGUGCUUGUGGAAACCAUGGGUCAUCUGAUGGCAAUUCGGGAUAGACCAUCCACUGAGGAGCAUUUCAGAUAUCUUAAAUCUACAAUUGAGCUGCUUCGCACCUAUGGACAGCAACUGCCUGAACAUAUCUAUACACAGCUAGAAGAAUUGCCGGAGAGGUGGAAAAAUCUGAAGAAGAUUGCAUUCAUAGUAAAGCAUGAAGUGUCUCCUCUGCAGGCAAAUGAAGUAUCUGUUAUCAGGAGGAAAUGUGUCCUUUUCGAGGUUAAGCAGCAUGAAUUUAGAAAUCGUUUUAAAAAUGAAAUUAUCUUCAAAUUUGAUGCAGAAGAUCCAUACAGGCAUUUGGAUAAGACCCACAGAAGUAUUUCAAGGUUGGAAGAGGAGAUGAGAAAACUGCAGGACACAGCAGACCUUUUCGAAGUGAGCAUUCCGGAAUAUAAGCAACUACGUCAGUGUCGGGCUGCCAGUAUCUUGCUGAAGUCAGUAUGGGAUAUGGUAAUAUUUGUACGGACAAGCAUUAAGGAAUGGAUGAAAACACCAUGGAAACAGAUAAAUGUUGAACAAAUGGAUAUGGAGUUGAGAAGAUUUGCAAAGGAAAUGAAAACCCUUGAUAAAGAGAUACGAACCUGGGAUGUCUAUUUGGGCCUGGAGUCUACUGUCAAAAAUCUAAUAACUUCUCUGAGAGCAGUAAAUGAGCUGCAGAACCCUGCUGUCAGGAAGAGACAUUGGUUACAGCUAAUGAGCAAGACGGGGGUGAGGUUUACAAUGAAUGAAGAGACGGUCCUAGGGGAUCUCUUGGCCUUGCAGCUGCAUAGAGUGGAGGAUGAGGUAAAGAACAUUGUGGAUAAGGCAGUGAAGGAGAUGGCAAUAGAAAAGGUUCUUGUGGAGAUGAACCAUACAUGGAGCACAAUGCAGUUUUCUUAUGAGAAGCAUCUGGUUACUGGAACACCAUUGUUAAAAUCAGAUGAGGACCUUAUAGAGACACUAGAGGACAAUCAGGUUCAGUUACAAAACAUUUUGAUGAGCAAAUAUGUGGAAUUCUUCUUGGUGGAAGUGAGCCGAUGGCAGAAGAAAUUAAUGUUAGCAGACAUGGUUAUAUCGGUCUGGUUAGAAGUGCAAAAAACGUGGGCACACCUGCAAAGUAUAUUUGCUAAUUCUGAAGAUAUAAGAAUGCAACUUCCAGAGGAUGCCAAGAGAUUUGAAGGAAUAGAUUUAGAUUUCAAGGAACUAAUGGAAAGCAUCAGCAGCACCAAUAUAGUCACUGAGGUCACAAAUGAGCCCGGAUUGCUAGAAAAGUUGGAGGCUCUUCAGAAAAGGCUGACGCUAUGUGAAAAGUCGCUGGCAGAUUACCUGGAGUCCAAAUGUCUUAGAUUUCCAAGAUUUUACUUUGUUUCCUCUAUGGAUUUACUGGAGAUAAUCUCCAAAGGAACACAACCUAAACAGGUGAUGAGACACUUCCUGAAGGUUUUUGACAAUGUGGCUGAUUUAAAAUUUGAAGAUGAAGAUUACGGGUGCAAGACGGCUGUAGGAAUGUACAGCAGAGAAGGGGAGUCCGUGUACUUUAACAAACCAUGCGUGUGUACUGGCCAGGCUGAGAACUGGCUUCGGCUUCUAGAAGACACCAUGAAGUCAACAGUUCAGCAAGAAAUCAUGGAAGCUGUGGCAGCAUAUGAGGAUAAGCUUCGGGAUCAGUGGCUCUUUGACUACUCUGCACAGGUCUCGCUCACCGCCUGUCAGAUAUGGUGGGCAACUGAUGUGGAAAUAGUUUUUCAAAGGCUUGAGGAAGGUUUUGAAAAUGCCCUGAAAGAUUACAAUCGCAAGCAGAUUGCUCAGCUGAAUGCCCUUAUAAACAUGCUGUUAGGGGAACUUACCCCCGGGGUGCGUCAGAAGAUCAUGACAAUAUGCACAAUUGAUGUUCAUGCGAGAGAUGUGGUAGCCAAGCUUAUUGCACAGAAGGUCUCUAAUGGUCAAGCAUUUACAUGGCUGUCCCAGCUGCGACAUAGAUGGGACGAAGAAAAAAAGGAGUGUUUUGUUAAUAUAUGUGAUGCUCAGUUCCAUUAUUCCUAUGAGUAUCUUGGCAACACUCCUCGUCUCGUAAUAACACCGCUGACAGACAGAUGUUAUAUCACUUUAACCCAGUCUCUUCAUCUGGCCAUGAGUGGUGCCCUCUCGGGUCCUGCAGGAACAGGAAAGACUGAAACCACCAAAGAUCUUGGCCGUGCUUUGGGCAUUAUGGUUUAUGUGUUCAACUGUUCUGAGCAAAUGGACUAUAAGUCUCUAGGUAACAUAUAUAAAGGUUUAUGCCAGAGUGGGGUCUGGGGCUGUUUUGAUGAGUUUAAUCGUAUCUCAGUGGAAGUGUUAUCAGUCAUAGCUGUACAAGUCAAGACCAUUCAAGAUGCCAUUCGACACAACAAGAAAAGAUUUCACUUUCUGGGAGAAACAAUUGAGCUGAAAAAUACUGUUGGGAUCUUUAUCACUCUUAAUCCAGGUUAUGCUGGUAGAGCCGAGCUUCCAGAAAAUGUAAAGGCUCUUUUUCGUCCAUGUGCGAUGGUCAUUCCAGAUUUUGAACUUAUAUGUGAAAUAAUGUUGGUGGCAGAAGGAUUUGUUGAUGCACGAAUGCUUGCAAGAAAGUUCAUCAGUCUUUACACUCUGUGCCGCCAACUCCUCUCCAAGCAGGAUCAUUAUGACUGGGGUCUAAGAGCAAUAAAGUCUGUGUUGGUGGUAGCGGGAUCUCUUAAGCGGGAGGACAGAAGCAGACCUGAAGACCAGGUUUUGAUGAGAGCCCUCAGGGACUUCAAUCUUCCUAAGAUAGUAACCAAUGAUGUUCCAAUCUUUCUGGGUCUCAUCGGUGACUUGUUCCCGUUGCUGGAAGUGCCCAGGAAGAGAGACGUAAAGUUAGAACAGAUGGUCCGCCAGUCCAUUGCCGAGCUGCACCUGCAGCCAGAGGAGAACUUUAUUCUUAAGAUCUCCCAGUUGGAAGAGCUGCUAGAGGUCCGUCAUUCAGUUUUUGUUGUUGGAAAUGCGGGAACAGGAAAGAGCACGAUCCUUAAGACUUUACACAGGACAUAUUACAAUAUGAAGCUAAAGCCCAUCUGGCAUGAUAUCAAUCCAAAGGCUGUGACUACUGAUGAGCUCUUUGGGUUUCUUCACCCUUCAACCAGGGAGUGGAAAGAUGGGCUAUUUUCUUUUACAAUGAGAGAACUCUUCAUCAACCCUCAUGAUGGCCCAAAAUGGAUUGUCCUGGAUGGAGAUAUUGAUCCAAUGUGGAUUGAAUCAUUGAACACCGUCAUGGAUGAUAACAAGGUUUUGACCUUAGCCAGCAAUGAGCGUAUCUCGCUGACCCCUUCUAUGCGCUUGUUGUUUGAGAUCAGUCAUCUUCGAGCCGCAACACCGGCGACUGUCUCAAGAGCUGGGAUCCUCUAUGUUAACACACAAGACCUAGGCUGGAGCCCUUACGUUACCAGCUGGAUCGAGUCUCGUCAGGCUCAGUCAGAAAAGGCAAAUCUGACCAUAUUGUUUGAUAAGUACGUUCCUUACUGCUUGGAGCAAGUGCGAUGUAAUUUAAAAACUAUAACUCCAAUCCCGGAAAACAGCAUGGUGCAGACAUUAUGCUCUUUACUAGACUGUCUUCUCAUUGAGGAAAAUACCCCACCAGAUUCCCCUCGGGAGCUUUAUGAAAUUUAUUUUGUUUUUGCUUGUGUCUGGUCUUUUGGUGGUGCUCUCUUUCAAGAUCAGUUGAUCGAUUACCGCUUGGAAUUCAGCCGAUGGUGGAACAAAGAAAUGAGAACCAUCAAGUUCCCGUCACAUGGUACUGUGUUUGAUUAUUUUGUUGACCCGGAAACUAAGAAAUUUACUCCUUGGGCUGAAAGGAUUCCAGAGUUUGAUAUGAUCCCAGAUAUUCCAUUACAGACUGUCUUAGUACACACUGCUGAAACUGUACGCUUGAGGUAUUUUCUGGAUUUACUGCUGGAAAAGGGGAAACCGAUAAUGCUUAUUGGCAAUGCUGGUGUUGGCAAAACUAUCCUGGUAACGGAUAAAGUAUCCAAAUUGCCCGAAGAAUACAUUGUGGCCAAAGUCCCUUUCAACUAUUACACCACAUCUGCCAUGCUCCAACGCAUUUUAGAAAAACCUUUGGAAAAGAGGGCAGGACGGAACUAUUCCCCACCUGCCAACAAAAAACUGAUUUAUUUUAUAGAUGAUCUCAACAUGCCAGAAGUUGACGCUUAUAGUACAGUACAACCUCACACCUUAAUAAGACAACAUUUAGAUUACAGUCAUUGGUAUGACAGGCAGAAAUUGGUGGCUAAAGAAAUUCACAAUUGCCAGUAUAUAACAUGCAUGAAUCCCACGGGUGGAAGUUUUUCCAUUAAUCCUCGGCUUCAGAGACACUUCUCUGUGUUCGCUGUGCACUUUCCGGGUACAGAAGCUUUAAACACCAUCUACAGCAGGAUUAUCAGUGCUCAUUUCCAGCAUGGAGGCUUCAGUUACAGCGUGGUCAAGUCCGUGUCCACUCUUAUACAAGCUGCCAUUUGUCUGCACCACAAGAUGACCCAGAAUUUUCUCCCAACUGCGAUAAGAUUCCAUUACAUAUUUAAUCUGAGGGAUUUAACCCAGGUCUUUCAGGGAAUGCUUUUUGCAUCACCCGAGUGCAUUCGUUUCUCCAACGAUUUGGUCCACUUGUGGCUUCAUGAAUCAAGCAGAGUGUACUCCGAUAAGCUCAUGGAAGAAAAGGAUAUAGAGCAUUUUAAGAAAGUACUCAUUGACACAGCAAAAAGAUUUUUUGAGGGUGUGGAUGAGCACGUAUUUAUCACUAAGCCAUUAGUUUAUUGCCAUUUUGCUCAUGGUGUUGGAGAACCACGUUAUUUUCCAAUAUCUGACUGGGAGAAGCUGACAAGAAUUCUGUCAGAUGCUUUGGAACACUAUAAUGAAAUUCACGCUGCGAUGAACCUGGUUCUGUUUGAAGAAGCUAUCCAACACAUCUGCCGCAUAAGUCGGAUUUUAGAGUUCCCAUAUGGAAAUGCACUACUUAUUGGAGUAGGGGGUAGUGGUAAGCAAAGCUUGUGUCGCUUGGCAGCCUUCCUCAGUUCACUUGAAGUUUUCCAAAUCACCCUUCGUAAAGGAUAUAGCAUCAGUGAUCUCCGGAGUGACAUUGCCACGUUAUACUUCAAAGUAGGGGUAAAGAAUAUUGGGACAGUCUUCCUCCACACAGAUGCCCAGAUUCCUGAUGAAAGAUUCCUUGUUCUCAUCAAUGACAUGCUGGCAUCAGGUGACAUCCCAGAUCUCUUUAGUGAAGAGGAGAUGGACACUGUCGUCUCCUCAGCCAGGAUGGAGCUGCGCGCUCUUGGCCUCCCAGACUCAAGAGAGAAUUGCUGGCAGUUCUUUAUUGACAGAAUCCGUCGACAGCUAAAGGUAGUGCUGUGUUUUUCACCUGUGGGAUUCACAUUAAGGACCAGAGCAAGAAAAUUUCCUGCAUUGGUGAACUGUACAGCCAUAGAUUGGUUCCAUUCCUGGCCGCCGGUUGCCUUGCAGUCUGUCAGCAGCAGCUUCAUCCAGAAGUUGGAUGGCAUUGAUGCUCAAGUGAAAAAUUCCAUCAGCCAGUUUAUAACAUUUGCACAUACAAGUGUGAAUGAAGUCAGUGUAAAAUACCAGCAGAAUGAAAAGCAUUAUAACUAUACGACGCCAAAGAGUUUCCUGGAACUGAUUAAACUAUACGGGAAUCUUCUGGGAAAGAAGAGAAAUGAGCUUGUUCAGAAAAUGGAAAGGCUAGAAAAUGGAUUACAGAAGCUGCAAACAACCGCGUUUCAGGUGGAGGAUCUGAAGUCUAAACUUGCCAUACAAGAGGUGGAACUUCAUCAGAGGAACAAGGAUACAGAAGCCCUGAUUGACAAAAUUGGGCAGCAGACAGAAAAAUUAAAUCAAGAAAAAUCGGUGGCAGACGAUGAAGAGAAGAAGGUAGCUGCACUCCAGGCAGAGAUAACAAAAAAGCAACAAGAAUCUGCAGAUGACUUGGCCAAGGCAGAACCCGCUCUCCAAGCAGCAAAUGCAGCUCUAAACACCUUGAAUAGGUUAAAUCUUACAGAGCUUCGAGCGUUUCCUAAUCCACCGGCUCCUGUAACCAAUGUGGCCGCUGCUGUACUUGUCCUCUUAUCCACAAAUGGCAAAAUACCUAAAGACAGAAGCUGGAAAGCCUCCAAAGUGUUGAUGAGCAAGGUGGAUGAAUUUUUACAGAACCUGAUUAAUUUCGACAAAGAGCAUAUUCCAGAUGCAGUUGUCAAGACUAUAAAAGAUGACUAUUUAAGAGAUCCCGAGUUUAACCCAGAAUUUGUGCGCACAAAAUCCUCUGCAGCUGCGGGCCUAUGUGCUUGGGUUAUUAAUAUCAUCAAAUUUCACGAGAUUUAUUGUGAAGUGGAUUUCAAGCGGCAGUCUCUAGCUCAAGCCACCACAGACUUGGUCUACGCAGCAGAAAAACUUGAUGUCAUUCAGACAAAGCUUGAGGAACUAGACACCAACCUGGCUGCCUUAACAGCUGCCUUCGAAAAAGCCACUGCAGAGAAAAUCCGCUGUCAAGAGGAAGUGAAUAGAACUAACAAGACCAUUGAGCUGGCCAACAGAUUAGUGAAAGGUCUGGAGUCAGAAAACGUCCGAUGGGCUCAGUCUGUUGCUUUAUACCAUAAACAAGAGCAAACUCUGUGCGGAGAUCUCCUGCUCACAGCUACCUUCAUCUCGUAUGCUGGGUCAUUCUCCAAGAAGUAUCGUCACGAGCUUGUAGAACAUUUGUGGAUGCCAUAUUUACAAAGUCAAAAAGUUCCUAUUCCAAUGACAGAAGGACUUGAUCCCAUAUGUAUGUUAGCAGAUGAUGCAACUACUGCCAAAUGGAACAACGAGGGACUGCCCAGUGAUAAAAUGUCCAUUCAGAAUGGUACCAUAUUGUCCAACUGUGAACGAUGGCCGCUCAUGAUUGACCCUCAGCUUCAAGGCAUCAAGUGGAUUAAAAGUAGAUAUGGGUCCAGGCUGAAAGUAAUUCAUCUAGGCCAAAAAGGGUAUGUGGAUGUCAUCGAACAUGCGGUAGUUGCUGGUGAUCCAGUUCUGAUAGAAAAUUUAGAAGAAUCCAUUGACCCUGUGCUUGACCCAUUACUUGGGAGACAUACACUUAAAAGGGGAAGAUACAUCCGAAUUGGGGAUAAAGAAUGUAAAUUUCAUACAAAGUUUAGACUUAUUCUUCACACAAAGCUUGCAAAUCCCCACUACAAACCCGAAAUACAGGCCCAGACCACGCUCAUCAACUUCACUGUGACCAGAGAUGGCUUGGAGGACCAGCUCCUGGCUGAUGUGGUGAAUCUAGAGAGACCCGACCUGGAGCAGUUCAAGUCGGAGCUCACAAAGCAACAGAAUUAUUUUAAAAUUGAGUUGAAAAUGCUUGAGGAUGAAUUACUGACACGCCUAUCAGCAGCAGAAAGUAAUUUCCUGGGGGACACACUCCUGGUGGAAAAACUGGAAACAACAAAACAUACGGCAGCCGAGAUCGAAAUGAAGGUGAUAGAAGCCAAAGUCAAUGAAGUGAAGAUCAACGAAGCUCGGGAGCACUAUCGUCCUGUGGCUUCAAGAGCCUCCCUCCUGUACUUCAUCAUGAAUGAUCUGAGUAAAAUCAGCCCAAUGUAUCAGUUCUCUCUUAAGGCUUUUAAUAUCGUGUUUCACAAGGCUGUGCAGCAAGCAGAACCAUCUGAUGAUGUCCGAUUGAGAGUGAAUAACCUCAUUGACUGUGUGACAUACUCCACAUUUAUAUACAUCAGCAGAGGACUGUUUGAAAGAGAUAAAAUAACCUUCACGGCCCAGUUAGCUUUCCAGCUUUUGAUAAUGAAUAAAGAAAUUUCUAUUCAAGAGCUUGACUUCUUACUUCGCUUUAACAUUGACCAUAUCUAUAAUAGUCCAUUGGACUUUCUUUCAAAUUCAGCAUGGAGCGCUAUUAAGACAAUGAGCUUCAUGGAUGAAUUUCGAGGUCUGGACAGAGACAUUGAGGGAUCCCCAAAACGAUGGAAAAGAGUAAUUGAAUCUGAAUGCCCUGAAAGAGAGCGUCUACCACAAGAAUGGAAAAAUAAGAGUUCCCUCCAGAAAAUGAUAAUAAUGCGCGCUCUGAGACCCGACCGGAUGACUUAUGCUGUCAGGAACUUUGUGGAAGAGAAACUUGGAUCCAUGUAUGUGGAGCGACGUAAAACAGACUUUGCAAAGUCCUUCCAAGAGAGUGGGCCAUCUACUGCUAUCGUCUUCAUCUUGUCUCCAGGAGUUGAUCCACUGAAAGAUGUAGAAACAUUGGGUGACAGACUUGGAUUUACCAUUGAAGCAGGAAAACUUCACAAUAUCUCUCUGGGUCAAGGGCAGGAAGUUAUAGCAGAAAUAGCAAUGGAAAAGGCAUCAAAAGAAGGCCAUUGGGUUAUACUUCAAAACAUUCAUCUAGUAGCCAAAUGGUUAAGCACUUUAGAAAACCUUUUAGAAAAGAAUGGUGAUAGAAGUCACCCCGACUACCGCGUGUUCAUGAGUGCUGAACCAGCCCCAACGCCCAAGGAACACAUCAUCCCGCAAGGAAUCCUGGAAAAUGCUAUCAAAAUAACCAAUGAACCUCCAACUGGAAUGCUGGCAAAUCUGCAUGCUGCUCUGGAUAAUUUCGAUCAGAACAUCCUUGACCAGUGCACCCGUGAACAAGAGUUUAAGAGCAUUUUCUUUUCAUUGUGCUAUUUUCAUGCUUGUGUUGCUGAGCGGCGUAAAUUUGGCCCCCAGGGGUGGAAUAGAAAGUAUCCGUUUAACAUUGGAGACCUCACAAUAUCAGUGAAUGUUCUAUACAACUAUCUGGAAGCAAACUCACAGGUCCCAUGGGAAGAUCUGCGCUACCUGUUUGGGGAGAUUAUGUAUGGUGGUCACAUCACUGACGACUGGGACAGACGACUGUGCCGAGCAUACUUGGAGGAGUACAUGCAGCCCGAUCAGUUUGAUAGGAAACUCGCCUUAGCUCCUGGAUUUGUGAUACCCUCUAACCUUGACUAUCAAGGCUACCAUAGAUACAUUGAUGAGAUGUUGCCACCCGAGAGCCCCGUCCAUUAUGGCCUCCACCCUAACGCAGAAAUUGAAUUCUUAACUGUGACUUCAGACAAUCUUUUCCGUACAUUGUUAGAAUUACAGUCACGAGAUGCUAUAAAUGGGGAAGGAGCGCCUCAGACUGAGGAGGAAAAGGUUAAAGCUUUUCUGGAUGACAUUCUAGAUAAACUCCCAGAAGGAUAUAACAUGGCAGAUAUAACCUCAAAGACAACAGAUCGGUCUCCAUACAUCCUUGUGUGCUUCCAGGAAUGUGAGAGAAUGAAUAUCCUCCUUCAUGAAAUCAGACGUUCUCUAAAGGAACUGGAUCUUGGCCUUAAGGGUGAGUUAGCAAUCUCUUCCGAAAUGGAGCAACUGCAGUCAGCCCUAUUUUUUGAUAAUGUACCUGACACUUGGAUGAAGCUGGCUUAUCCAUCAACGUACAACCUGGCUCAAUGGUACAGCGAUUUGCUCCUUCGCUGCCGUGAACUCGAUGCCUGGACUCAAGAUCUUUGUCUCCCAAGUGUCGUCUGGAUAUCAGGCUUCUUCAACCCCCAGUCCUUCCUCACAGCUGUCAUGCAGAGUUUAGCGCGGAAAAAUGAAUGGCCCCUGGAUAAGAUGCAUCUGACUGUGGAUGUAAUGAAGAAAUACAAGGAGGAAUUCUCACAGCCAGCCAGGGAGGGAGCAUACAUAUAUGGGCUGCACCUGGAAGGGGCACAAUGGGAUGUUCAGGGAGGGCACAUUGUCGAAGCACGUUUAAAGGCUCCCAAUCCUAUGAUGCCUGUAAUAUUUGUGAGAGCGAUUCCCAAUGACCGGCAAGACACAAGGAACACAUACGAGUGUCCCGUCUAUAAGACAAAGUUAAGAGGAUCAACCUAUUUUUGGGCAUUCCACUUGAAGACCAAGGAGAGACCUUCAAAAUGGAUUCUUGCUGGUGUGGCUUUAUUGUUGAGCGUCUGAUGUAAAAAAUUAAACAGAUAAAAUGUACCAGAAUGCGAAUACAUUUUCUGCCUGAAGUAGAAUAAAAGUGUUUGGGUUGA